AUGAAAGAUUAUGAUGAACUUCUCAAAUACUAUGAAUUAUAUGAAACUAUUGGGACAGGUGGCUUUGCAAAGGUCAAACUUGCCUGCCAUAUCCUCACUGGAGAAAUGGUAGCUAUAAAAAUCAUGGAUAAAAAUGCGCUAGGGAGUGAUUUGCCUCGGGUCAAAACAGAAAUUGAUGCCUUGAAGAACCUGAGACAUCAGCAUAUAUGUCAACUCUACCAUGUGAUAGAGACAGCCAACAAAAUAUUCAUGGUUCUUGAGUAUUGCCCUGGAGGAGAGCUGUUUGACUAUAUAAUUUCCCACGAUCGCCUGUCAGAGGAGGAGACCCGCGUUGUCUUCCGUCAGAUAGUGUCUGCAGUUGCUUACGUGCACAGCCAGGGCUACGCUCACAGGGACCUUAAACCAGAAAAUUUGUUGUUUGACGAAUAUCAUAAAUUAAAGCUGAUUGACUUUGGUCUCUGUGCAAAACCCAAGGGUAACAAGGAUUAUCACCUGCAGACCUGCUGUGGGAGUCUUGCUUAUGCAGCACCUGAAUUAAUACAAGGCAAAUCAUAUCUGGGAUCAGAGGCAGAUGUUUGGAGCAUGGGCAUACUCUUAUAUGUACUUAUGUGUGGCUUUCUACCAUUUGAUGAUGAUAAUGUCAUGGCUUUGUACAAAAAGAUUAUGAGAGGGAAAUAUGACGUUCCAAAGUGGCUCUCUCCUAGUAGCGUUCUACUUCUUCAGCAAAUGCUACAGGUGGACCCAAAGAAACGGAUUUCUAUGAAAAAUCUCUUGAACCACCCCUGGAUCAUGCACGAUUACAACUGUCCUGUUGAGUGGCAAAGCAAGGCUCCUCUUAUUCACCUUGAUGAAGAUUGCGUAACAGAACUUUCUGUACAUCACAGAAACAACAGGCAAACGAUGGAGGAUUUAAUUUCACUGUGGCAGUAUGAUCACCUGACAGCUACUUACCUUCUGCUCCUAGCCAAGAAGGCUCGGGGGAGACCGGUUCGUUUAAGGCUUCUUUCUUCCUGUGGACAGGCCAACUCAACGCCAGUCACAAACAUAAAGUUGAAGAAUCUGAGUCUAGAAGAUAUGAUCCCCAGUGAUGAAAAUUAUGUGGCUGGAUUAAUAAACUAUGACUGGUGUGAAGACAUUUCACCAAGAGGUGUGGCUACUCCACAAACACCACAGUUUGCCAAGCAUUGGACAGAAUCAAAUGGCCUGGAAUCUACAUCAUUAACUCCAGUAUUAUGCAGGGCAUCUGCCAAUAAAUUAAAGAACAAAGAAAAUGUGUAUACUCCUAAGUCUGCUGUAAAGAAUGAAGAGUGCUUUGUAUUUCCUGAGCCAAAGACUCCAGUUAAUAAGAACCAGUAUAAAAGAGAAAUACUCACUACACCAAAUCAUUACAGUACACCCUCAAAAGCUGGAAACCAGUUCCUGAAAGAAACCCCAAUUAAAAUGCCAGUAAAUUCGACAGGAACAGAGAAGUUAAUAACAGGAGUCAUUAGCCCUGAGAGGCGGUGUCGCUCAGUAGAACUCAAUCUCAACCAAGUACAUGUAGAGGAAACUCCAAAAAGAAAAGGAACCAAAGUGUUUGGGAGCCUCGAGAAGGGGUUGGAUAAGGUUAUCACAGUGCUUACCAGGAGCAAAAGGAAAGGCUCUGUCAAAGAUGGGCCAAGAAGACUAAAGCCUCACUAUAAUGUGACUACAACCAGAUUAGUGAAUCCAGAUCAACUCUUGAAUGAAAUAAUGUCUGUUCUUCCAAAGAAGCAUGUUGACUUUGUACAGAAGGGCUAUACACUGAAGUGUCAAACACAGUCAGAUUUUGGCAAAGUGACAAUGCAGUUUGAACUAGAAGUGUGCCAGCUUCAAAAACCCGAUGUGGUGGGUAUCAGGAGGCAGCGGCUUAAGGGUGAUGCCUGGGUUUACAAGAGAUUAGUGGAAGACAUCCUAUCUAGCUGCAAGGUUUAAUUGAUGGAUGUUUUCCAUUCUACUU